CACCACCCUUUCAACAUGACUUCACAGAGAGACGAGUCAACGCCCUUACUGGACUACGGCAGAGGGGUCAAAGCGCCUCACAGGUUCACGGAGACGCCCCCCCUCACGCCCUCACAGUCCGCGCCCCCCGCCCUCCCUGACAAGCCACGGGGGAACCCACUGGAAGCCCCAGAGCGCUCACCAUUAAUUCAGAAGGCCUAUGAGAGUGCUGGCGGUCUACCCGUGUCUACUGCCAUUGUUUACAUCCUCGGCCUGCUUGGUGUGGCGCCCCUUGUCACUCUACCCAGCGCCGUGGCAUACUGUGGCUGGUUUGGCUUCGUGUUGAUCCUGGUGCUGGUGGGCGUGGAGGCGUACACUGCGGUGCUUCUGGCGCGGGCGUGGCUCAUGCUGGAACUCUUCUGGCCAAGGGACGCCCAUCUGCAGCGGAGAUACCCUGUCGCAGCCCUAGCGGAAAAAGUUGGCGGUGAACAUUUUCGGCGCUUUGUGACCCUCCUGCAGAACCUCGCUAUCUUUGCUGCCGCCGUGCCCUUCCUGCUGCUUGCCUCUGAAACACUGGAGCGACUGAUGGCAGACUUGGCAGGGGUGAGGUGGUCAGUGUGUGAGUGGCUGUUUGUCACCACCACACUCAUGACGCCACUUCUCUGCCUCGGCACACCCAAGGAUCUAAGAGCGGUGACGUGGCUGGGGGGUGUGUCCAUGGUGGUGGUGACGUGCCUGACCUUUACCAGCCUGCUUUUGGAGACGAGGGCUGAGAGGAGGGCCUACACCGCCCCCCCCUCCCUGCCCUGGUACACCCUCGCUUACUGCUUCGGGGCUGUGGCUAUGCAGUUCGACAUUCACCCAGUCAUUCUCACGGUUCAGAUGGACAUGAAGGAGCGCCACAAACUUCCCAUGGCGGUGAUGGUGGCGUGCGCUGUUGGCAUGGCGCUGAUCCUGGUGGUGGCUGGGACAGUAUUCGUGAUCCGUGGCACUGACGUCUCCACCAACCUGCUCCACAGCCUGCCCGGUGGCCCCGUCCUGCACGCCACGCUGGGGAUUGUGGUGGUGCAGGUGUUGCUGUGUCUCGUUCUGGGAAUCAACACGCUGUUUCAGAACCUCGAAGCUUCACUCAAUAUUCCGGAUGAGUGCGGGUGGCGGCGUGCGGUGGUGCGCGGGUGUGUGGUGGUGGCAGUCUUGGUGGUGAGUGAAGCCCUUCCACAUUUUGGCGCCACUGUGGAAUUAGUAGGUGGUCUUUUUGCCGCGCCCUUCAUCUUCAUCUUCCCUCCUGCCUUCUACACUAUCAUCAAGUACAAGGCGUGCGGGCGUGUGCAGGCGCGGGACGUGGUGGUGGCGACCAACCUGGUGGUGGUGGGCGUGGUGGGGUGCGUGGCGGCCACAGUGGAGAGCCUGUCACAGAUCGCCAUGCUCAGAUCAUCCACGCCCUCCUGUUUUGUGGAUUUCUUCUCUGGUCCCGAGGUGUCCCAGGGCUGGCCAAGGACGCUAGGAUAUCACCCAAGCUCCCUGCAAAAGGAUAUCGCUGUAGGAUUGCAGGAUUGGACAGCUCAGUUAAGUGGUAGCGAUGGUGGUGACCGGCCGGCAAGUGGUGAUGGUGACGGUGGUGGUGAUGGUGGGGGGAGCUGCGGCGCUCCCCAAUCAUCGUACAGCUAUGCCUACGAUUACGGGGAAUACGGAAUGUACGAUAAUUACAAUCCUUAUGAUGAGUACGAAACCCCGGUGGACGCCCCUUCGUUUACCUCGGUGCCUGAAGAGCUUAGCGUGGAGGUGGGCGGUGACGUGACUCUGCCCUGCAAUGUUGAUAAUCUAGGUCAAUAUGUCAUAAUUCUCAAGAAAAUAUCGUUUGAUGGAACACACCGCAUCUUGUUUGUGGGAAACAAUGUUCUGAAACCGGCGAAGCGCAUUAGCAAGAACGGAACCACCUACCUUCUACACGGGGUUCGGCGGGCCAACGCGGGACAGUAUGUAUGUAGGAUCGAGUCUUCCCCUGCCAUUGAACUGACACACACGCUGGAUGUCCUUUACGCCCCUUCGCUCCGCCUGGUGAGCCCUGCGGAAGAGGAGGUGGAUGAGGGGAGCAAUGUGACCCUUCAGUGCCACGCCGAGGGGAACCCGAAGCCAACCAUCUCCUGGCAAAAGGUUGAUGGUGACCUGCCUGACGGGGUUAUUGAGGAAGGGGGAGCACUGGACAUUAUGGGGGUCACCGUGGAAGAUGGGGGGGACUACCAGUGUACAGCCACCAAUGGGGUAACACAGCCCUCCAACACGGUGACAUCUGCUACCGCUCGCCUCACUGUACGCUAUCACCCCCAGGUCACCGCCUCGCAGACCAUCGAGAAAUCAGAGGACGACGAUGGAUAUGUGGGAACUCUAAACUGCGAGGUUGUGGGCUACCCCGUCCCUGCCGUCACGUGGGAGAGGGCGGAGGGUGACGGUUUUGUGCCCAUGCCACCCACCGCCCACGCCCUCACCGGCCACGACAUGGAGUUACGCCCCCUCACCGUGGACGCCCUUGGAAGUUACAAAUGCACGGCUGAAAAUGAUCUUGGUGUUCAUUCUGAUGUUGUCACGCUGGAGGGUCUGCUCCCGGCGCCAGAGUUGACAAGUGGCCACAGCGGCGCCUCCUCCUCCUCCUACACCCUCACCUGGACCACGCCCGCCCACUCCCCGCCCAUCCCCGCCCACGCCUACAGACUCACACUCAAGCAGAUGAAGGAAGAAGAAGAAGAAGGAGAAGAAGAGAAGGAGAAGGAGAAGGAGAAGAAGAAGAAUACACAGAUGCAAUGAUCGAGGAAGCGAACAUGACAGAAAACGAAGUCCUGAACCACAUUGAAAACCUGGAGACAGAAAACGGGGACGCGGAACACCAAGAACCACAAACAACACCAGAACCACAACCACAAGAAGA